AUGGCGUCGACGAUCAAGCCCGAACCCGCGAACACCGAACCCGGCCCGCAGGACCGGUGCCAGAUCGAGGAAGUGGCCCUGGUCGUGCCCGAAACCGACGACCCGACCCUGCCCGUGAUGACGUUCCGGUCCUGGUUUCUCGGUCUGACCAGCUGCACCUUGCUCAUCGUCCUCAACACCUUCUUCACGUACCGGACCCAGCCCCUCGUCAUCUCCGCCAUCCUCAUGCAGAUCGCCGUCCUACCCAUCGGCAAGUUCAUGUCCAGGACCCUGCCGACGAGGGAGUUGGAUCUUUUCGGGGUCUGGAAGUUCAGCCUCAACCCGGGCCCGUUCAACAUGAAGGAGCACGUCAUCAUCACGAUUUUCGCCAAUUGCGGGGUUUCUCAGGGCGGCGGCGACGCCUACUCCAUCGGAGCUAUUACGGUGAUGAAGGCUUACUAUAAGCAGAGCCUCUCUUUCGCCUGCGCGCUCGUCAUUGUCGUCACUACUCAGGUGCUGGGAUAUGGAUGGGCUGGACUGCUGAGGAGGUACUUGGUCGAUCCGGUCGAAAUGUGGUGGCCGGCGAACCUGGCUCAGGUCUCCCUCUUCAGAGCGCUGCACGAGAAGGAGGUGAAGAGCAAAGGCUUCACCCGAAUGCAAUUCUUCCUCAUCUUCCUAACCCUAAGCUUCCUCUACUACGCCCUCCCGGGCUACCUCUUCCCCAUCCUCACCUUCUUCUCAUGGGUCUGCUGGGCCUUCCCGCGCAGCAUCACGGCCCAACAGAUCGGCUCGGGCUACCACGGGCUCGGCAUUGGCGCGUUCACCCUCGACUGGGCCGGAAUCUCGGCCUACCACGGCAGCCCGUUGAUCUCCCCCUGGACCUCCAUAGUCAACGUCGGGGUCGGCUUCAUCAUGUUCAUCUACAUCAUUGUCCCACUCUGCUACUGGAAGUACAACACCUUCGAUGCCCGCAAGUUCCCAAUCUUCUCGAACCAGCUGUUCACGACAUCCGGUUCGAAGUACGACACCACCAAGGUGCUGACCCCGGACUACGAGCUCGAUGUGGGUGCCUACAACAGCUAUGGCAAGCUCUACUUGAGCCCUUUGUUCGCGCUGUCGAUUGGGUCAGGGUUCCUUAGGUUCUCCGCGACUAUUGUUCAUGUCGCGCUCUUCCAUGGAAGGGAUAUAUGGAGGCAGAGUAGGUCGGCGAUGCAGAAUGCGAAGCUCGACAUCCAUGCUAAGCUGAUGCAAGCAUACAAGCCGGUGCCCGAGUAUUGGUUCAUGAUCCUGCUGAUUGGGAGCGUCGUUCUGUCUCUGAUUAUGUCUUUCGUGUGGAAGGCGGAUGUGCAGCUUCCAUGGUGGGGGAUGAUCUUUGCAUUUGUGUUAGCCUUCAUUGUGACACUUCCCAUUGGUGUCAUUCAAGCAACAACCAACCAGCAACCGGGGUAUGACAUCAUAGCUCAGUUCAUGAUCGGUUAUGUCCUGCCGGGGAAGCCGAUAGCUAACUUGCUGUUCAAGAUAUAUGGGAGGAUUAGUACUGUUCAUGCUCUCUCUUUCUUGUCUGACCUCAAACUUGGUCACUACAUGAAGAUUCCACCAAGGUGCAUGUACACAGCUCAGCUCGUCGGGACGCUGCUAUCUGGCAUUGUGAACCUCGCGGUAGCGUGGUGGAUGCUCGAGAGCAUCAACGACAUAUGCGACAUCGAAGGAACCCACCCAGACAGUCCAUGGACGUGCCCCAAGUACAGAGUCACGUUCGAUGCGUCGGUCAUCUGGGGCUUGAUCGGACCACACCGCCUCUUUGGACCGGGAGGACUGUACCGGAACCUAGUGUGGCUCUUCCUCGUCGGAGCAGUGCUCCCGAUCCCCAUCUGGGCACUGAGCAAGGCAUUCCCUGAGAAGAAAUGGAUCGCCCUGAUCAACAUUCCCGUCAUAUCGUAUGGAUUCGCAGGAAUGCCUCCGGCCACUCCAACAAACAUCGCCAGCUGGCUGAUCACCGGGAUGUUCUUCAACUACUUCGUGUUCAAGUACCACAAGAGGUGGUGGCAGAAGUACAACUACGUGCUCUCCGCGGCGCUCGAUGCAGGGACGGCCUUCAUGGGUGUUCUGUUGUUCUUUGCCCUGCAGAAUUCAGGGCACAAUUUGAAGUGGUGGGGGACGGAGGUGGAUCAUUGCCCUCUGGCUUCUUGUCCGACUGCACCGGGGAUUGCGGUCAAAGGGUGCCCUGUUUUCAAGUGA